CUUCGCAUAUUUUACUCUUCUUGGUAAAAGGUUCUUCUUAUCCUUUCCUCAACAGAGGACUACUGAGAAGGAACAUGAAAGCACCACUUCUACUUCAUUUACUUUUCCAAGGUGUUCUGCUCUAUGAUGCUUUGGGAUGGGAAGUGAGAAUGCCAAAAGACAUUCACGGCCUCACGGGUUCCUGUUUGGUCAUACCAUGUUCUUUCAGCUACACAUCAAACCCACCCAAAGACCCACGUAGAGUUGUGUGGUAUCAGUGGGUCUCUAGAGGUUAUCCUUUAGUUUACGAUCCUUUGUAUGCAGACAAUGUCAUCGAGAAGUUCAGAGGAAAAACUGAUUUAUACGGAAGCUCAAGUAAGGAUUGCAGUCUGCUGAUCAAAAACCUGGAACCGUCCCACCAUGGAGAACAAUUAUAUGCAUGGAUUGACCCUGAAAAUGUUGGGUAUCGCACCUACGCAUUUUAUGAUGUCACUUCUACAAUCCUUGUCAAAGCAAGUCCACAGCAGCCCAGCAUCAAAAUUUUUGGAGGUGAAAAGACUGGUGACACCAUCACAGUAGCAUGUUCAACUUUCCACACGUGUCCAUACAGCAAACCAAGCAUCACUCUGAACGGUAUAGAAGGAUCUGAUGAAAUAGAGAAUGAGCAUUUUAAAGACGGCCUGUGGAAAAUCACUCUGACAUGCACAGGUGUUGUAAAGACAGAACAUUCGACUAUUGAGUGUUCAGUAACACAUUAUGGUGGAAUAACAGUGACAGCUACAAAAGAUAAAAGUGCCAAAUGUGUUCAUCAUAACAUAUCGAUUGAGCCUGAACUGGCAGAUGUCACAGAGGGCGUCGCAAAGAACUUCACUUGUACCAUCUACCAUUCCUGCCAGAAAGAGAAUCCAAACAUCACAUGGAACUAUGAGAACGUGCAGGUCACAGAGUGGAACAAAACACUUUCUGGUUUAGAUCAGAUCACCUAUUCCAACAUAACCUUUCUGGGUGCAAAAGAAGACCAUGGGAAGAAAUUGAUAUGUACUGCAAAAUUUUCUGGAAGAGACAUUAUGGCAUUUGUUGUCUUAAAUGUGCAAAACCCAGUGCUCACUGGACUCAAGACUAUUGGUCUUUACAUCUUAACACCCUCACUUUUGUUCCUUCUGGCUUGUAUACUUACUGUAGUCAUCAUUUACAAGAAGCGACAAAGGUCAAAAGAUGCAAGUACAGAGACAGGAAAAAAGCCUUUCUCCAAACCUCGAAUGCCAUCACCAAAGAGUGAUCCAAAAUCCCAUCCAGAUUAUAAUUAUGAAGCUGAUUACAUCAACAUGGAUGAAGGCAACAUCUAUGGAAAUGUCUGAUGAAAAAGCUACACGUCAAAACCAAAAUGGGUUUCACUAUAGCGUUUUUAAGAAGAUCAACAAUGUCAGACUUCAUUAAUAAUAAAACAUUUGUCAUGCAUAUUAUGUAGCAUCAAGAUAUCAUGUCU